AUGGCGGAUGCUCCUAUACAACUGUUUGGAGGCUUUCCGCUAGAACAGAGUCCGGAGGAGAUGAGAGUUCUCUUCUAUAAAGCUGCCGCAAGCGGUAACCCACAACCUGCUGUGAGUCCUGUUGACAUCGAUGUUCUUACUCAUGACGGGGCAGUCAAAUACGUCCUGGAUGGUGAGAACCAACAUCCAAACCGAUUAGAUGGGUGUCUGGAUGCAACCGGGAAUGUCUUCCACAGAGGUCGAAAACUAAAUUCGAAGUUUUCACCUAAUGCUGCAGCACAAACGGCCAAUCAGCCCGCUCAAACUGGUGCAUUCGGCCAGCCAUCCGCUAUAGGUGGCGGCGGACCAUUUGGCCAUCCUUCAGCCCUGGGAGGCGGAGGUGGCUUCGGUCAGGCAUCUAAUCUCGGGCAAAGACCAAGUCCAUUCGGACAAUCAACGAGCACAGCACCAACUGCUGGAGCAUUUGGAUCGCCCUCAGCCCUCGGUCAGAGACCUGCCUUUGGACAACCUGCUGCAGGAGGGUUUGGCCAGCCAGCAGCAUCGACAAGUGCAUUCGGACAACCAGCAGCAACAACGACGGCGUUCGGGCAACCAUCGACAAUGGGCCAAGGAGGCGCAUUCGGCCAGCCUGCUGGUGGUGCUCAAGCGAGUCCAUUCACUCAAGCAGCGCAAGCCAACCAAGCACAGUCAUCACCCUUCGGGCAGAAUGCACAGCAAGGAGGAGGAGCAUUUGGCCAGGCUUCAGCAUUCGGCCAACCGUCAGCUCUCGGUCAACAACAAAAUAAUGCCUUUGGGCAAUCUUCUGGCUUAGGUCAGCAACCACAGCCAGCAUUUGGUCAGCCCUCGGCACCUGUUCAACAGAAUCCAGCCUUCGGACAACCAUCGGCACCUGGUCAAAAUACAGCAUUCGGACAACCAUCAGCACCUGGUCAGCAGGCAUCAGCGUUCGGGCAGCCAUCAACACCAGGUCAGCAAGCAUCAGCGUUUGUGAAACCAUCAACUCCUGCUUUUGGGCAACCAUCAGCACCCACACAGCAAAAUGGAGCAUUUGGGCAGCCUUCAGCUCCAACACAGCAACAAGGUGUUUUCGGCAAGCCUUCGCCGUUUGGUCAAGCACAAGGAAACCAACAACAGCAGCAGUCGCCAUUCGCUCAAGCCGCAGCGAAACCCAAUCCGUUUGGACAGCCUUCUCAACCUGCUACUCAACCGGCUGCCGGUACUUUCGGAACAGCGGCUCCGCAGCAACAACAGCAACAGCAGCAACAGCAGCAGCCGCAAUCAUACGCAGAGCCCGGCGCACCUGUGCAGUACGUUGCUACGAAAGAGAGUCAAGAGCCGCACUACAGGAAGGCCAAUGGAGAGAUGGAAAGGAUCUGGCACCCCGAGGGCAAUGCAGCACCGAGGGCAGAGAUAGAAGCACCGGCAGAAGCCUACACAGCCGAGCACGAAGCAGCAUACAAGUUUGUGGCUGAACAGGGUGUAUUCAAGGACGGGAUCAUGCCAGAGCUACCACCAAAGUGUGAGUGGAUCAGGUGGGAUAUCUAA